AUGUUGGGCGUGCAGCGAAAGUUCGGUCGAUUGACCACCAAGCGAACAGCUGAUGACAGUCAAGUCGCUGUUCUCUUGAAGGACUUUGAAGAUGCAGAUAUGCUUUUGACCAAGAUCGUCGAUAACACGAAGGCAUGGCGAGACGCCUGGACAUCCAUUGCCACUUUUCAGAGUCGGAUGGCUGAUGAGUUCGAUGGCCUAUACGCACCCAUGCUGGGCUCAUCCGAGGAAGAUUCAGACGCUCCUCCUACAAGACAACCAGCGCAGACCAGCCCCGCCAUCCUCGCACGUACAAAUCGGAUACGUCGUGAAUUCGAUGAAUUGCGCACCGAUAUGAUACAGGAGCUGUGUGAGGUCGAUACACGCAUGACCCAGCCCGCCGUCGAGGCCAAAAGCUAUCUUGCUCCAAUGAAAAAGACCAUCAAAAAGCGAAAUGAUAAAAAGACCGACUUCGAACGCUUCCAAAGCAGACACGACGGCCUCGUUCACAAACAAAAGCGUUCCGAACGUGACAAUGCCAAUCUCGCCAAGGCAGAGAUGGACCUCGCCUCUGCGAAAGAAAUCUACCGCGCCGCAGACGAAGACCUCUGCCAACGUCUCCCAACCCUCAUCUCCCUCCUCUUCUCUCUAGCACCACACAUCCUGCACGCACAGAUCGAAAUUCAAAACCGCAUGCUAGCCCACUACUACACAGUCCUCCACACCUACUGCGAAGAAGAAGGCUUCCCCUCCCCACCUCCACCAAUGGACCACGUAGUCCAAGACUGGGAAAUAGCCCACAAACCCAACCAAGAUGAACUCGAAGGUCUCUCCCUCCUCGCCCACGGCAAAGCAAUCCGUCAAUACGACCAAAACCAAAACAGUCAAGGACAACCCGGAAAACGCCCCUCCUUCGCAUCAGUAGGAGGUCGAAGUCUAACAAAUCUCUCCGUCACAUCUCGCAGCAGCCGAAGCAAAUCGCCCGCCCCGCCACCAAAUCCAAACAUGCUAAACAAGCCUAAACCAUGCGGCUUCGAAGCUUCUCGUCCCGUCUCCCCUUCCUCAUCAAUCAUGACACCUACACCAAGCGUCUCAGUUCUAUCAGCAGCAAGCUCAAACAGUACAGCACCCUAUGGUAGCGAUUACUUCACUCCACCAGUUAUCUCCCCUGAGCCUGGUCCUCAACCUGUCCAUCCCCACUUCAUUCGAAGAGAUACAAGUCCCAUGCCUAUGAAACCUCCCAAGCCAUCGGGUAUCCAGUUUUCCCCCGCGGGCCCGAAAAUAGAUCAUCAUCAGGCAUUUGUGUCGAGGGCGAAUACUGCUCCUGCUUCUGCUAUGGAUCCAUUAGCUAGUCUUGCGGGACAGAAGAAGAGACCUCCGCCUCCGCCACCGGCGAAACCGGCGAAACCCCCUCGUCCUACUACGACGUUUGUUACGGCCAUGUAUGAUUUUGGGGGACAGGGGCCGGAUGAUUUGUCUUUUAGGGAGGGAGAUCGGAUUAAGCUUGUUAAGAAGACGGGGAGUACGGAUGAUUGGUGGCAGGGUGAGUUGGGGGGUGUGCAGGGUUAUUUCCCUGCGAAUUAUGUGGAGAUGUAG